AUGGCCACUGGUUUUGAAGUACUUGGAGCUAUUUGUGCCUUGUGGCAAGUAUUCGGUGUCGCAAACAACGCAAUCUCUUUAUGCAAGAAGAUCUACGACGGCAAGCCUACUCACGACAAUGACCUUGAAGACUUCGCCAAUCAGAUGUCUGGGGUCAUGGAUGACAUUCAAAAGCACUGUCAGGCAAUGAGCAAGUCUGAAAUGCCAUCUAAAGCUGAGAUGAAGCUCAAAGAAAUCGCCAAUCACUGUCAGUCAUGCGUCCGAGAACUUCAGAUCGAAUUGCGUUAUUUCACGGGCAUCCAAAAGAAAGGCAAACUCGGUACGGCGGUCAGGUCUGGCAUCCGAUCUUGGAGGCAUCGCAAGAACAUUGAACGCAUCGCACUUAAGCUCUCUAACUAUCGAGACGCAAUGGACACACGAAUGUUAUCUCAACUAUGCUCCGACUUCGACAAUCAAACCCUUCAGAACCAAGAAAGAUUUCACGACAUCAUCAAUAGCAUCCAAAGCGCCAGCACUCGCAAUGACCAUAGCCAUGAUAGGAUUGAAAGUUACAUGCAAGCCCAGAAUGACGCAAUGACGGCCGGAAACAAACGCUCACAGCUACUCGAAAGUCUCAGAACUCCGGAGAUGCGCAAACGUUACAACGACCUCAUGGACUCAAGAGAAGCAAACCUUGAUGAAGUCUUUGCCUCUUACCGGAGGAUUGCCAACAAUGAGGAGGGACUUUCAGAACGCGAUAGGGGCCAUAUUGCAAAUAGUAUUGGCAAUGUUCGAGGGCCAACCAAUCUUGCCCAGGCGUCAAAAGAAGAUGACGAAAGCAUCAGCCGGGUCUGGUUGAGCUUCCUGGCUUGGCUAAAGUCGAACGACCCCUUGUUUUGCAUCCAAGGCAAGCCAGGCUCCGGUAAAAGUACUUUGAUGAAGUUCCUGAUUGAUGACGAGAGGACAAAGGAACUUCUACAGGAUAAUACAAAGCCGAUCAUAUUAUCUUACUUCUUUUGGAAGAUUGGAGAGUCUUCCCAAAAUACCAUCAAGGGCCUACUAUGCUCCCUUAUCUACCAAGUUCUGGUAGGCGAUGAUAAGACGAUGGACUCCGUGCUGCACCACGACGCUAUGGGCUCUCAGAGGGAUUACAACGACUGGUCUGUUGCCGCUUUGAGAAAGCUUUUCGGCUUCAUUACCAAAGCCAAGAAGGACCGUCUUUGUAUUUUUAUCGAUGGGCUUGAUGAGGUCUGUAACGCAGACGGAAUCGACAAGCUCACUGAACUUAUCACUGAGUUUCUCAAACAUCCCAUUAUGAAGAUCUGCGUUUCAAGCCGGCCGGAGAAGACCGUAACGACUUGGCUCGAGGGCCGCAAUACUCCUGGCAUUCGCCUGGAAGACCUCACAAGACCCGAGAUGACGAGCUUUGCCCUCAAGGAAUUCGAAACCUUUCUGGUAUCUGGAAGGCUGUCCGUGGAAACUCAUCGUUGUUUGAGUGAAGUGGUAGUAGAGAAAUCACAUGGAGUUUUUCUUUGGCUGUACCUGGUCAUCCGAAGCCUUAAAGCCGGGAUCAGGAAUGGCGAUUCAGAGGAGAUGCUCAUCGACCGACUCCACGAACUUCCCAGUGAGUUGGAGCAACUCUAUGCCGACAUGUGGCAACGGCUCAACGAAAACCACUCGGUAUACCGCAAGACGGCCGCCAAGUAUUUCCAAUUUGCUCUUCAUAGCCCGUGUCCCACUCGCUUCAUUUGGGAGGAUGAUCAUUCUAAAACCCUUAGUGCUGAUAUUUGGCAACCGACACUGGGGCAAAUUGUUUGCGCGUCGAGACCUUCACUCCAAGACUUGCUCAUCAGCGGCGACAGCGAUGUUGACCUUACGGAAGUGCAACAACUAUGUGAAGAUGCCAAGCUAGACAUCGAGAACCGAUGUGCAGGCUUAUUGCAAGUUCGAUCAUAUCGAUACUGGCCACCAUACUACUUGAAUUGGACUCAGAAGCUCAACCAGCUCUUCUUGGAACAUGUAAAGUUCAUCCAUCGAACCGCCCAUGACUUUUUGAUCGACACGGAAGCAGGCUCAAAGAUCAUGGCGCACGCGACAUCAUCUCGGGAUGAGAUUGAUGAAGAAUUGUUCAGAGGAAUUCUUUGUAUCUGCAACGUUGCCUAUUCUAAAUGCGGGAUGGGCGCAAAUAUGGCCAGUCUUCUCCAUCAAAUCUCACACAUAGUAGAACGAACUGGGUCGGAGAAGUCGCAACUGACUGCAAAUCUACUUCAACUCGUGCAAAAGCUCCACGGAAAUAGUGUGAUCGAAGGCGGCCCCUCAUGGAAGCCAAAGAAUCCAUUCUUAAGUUGUUUGACUGAGUUUCGAUGCUUUGACGAUUACAUCGUAUCUACACUCCAACGUUCACCAUCGGUGACCACCGCGACGGUAGUUUUGAGAAAUUCAUGGGGCCAUGAUUUAUCUCUAGACGAUCGACCAGCAAAGCUCCCAUCGCUUAAACUAGUUGAAUCUUUGUUGUCAAUGGGUGCUAACCCGCAUAUCGAAAGCAUGUACAACAAGUGGCGGACAUGCAGCGACGAGCCGCUCGUUAACAUUGACACCACUUUCACACACCUUCUCAAAUAUGGAGUGAUGAGAGUAUUUCGCCCAACUUAUGCGGGUGGAAACUUCGCGACCUUUCUUCUCAAGGUGGUGUUGAGCAUGGCCGCGACUUGCCCAGAGUUGGAAGCGCCUACCCUGGCAAUCUUGAAAAUCUGGGACAACGGCAGGGUUGAGAUGCCAAAACUAGAGUACUGGACAAGUACUCCAUUAGUCUAUGUCAAUUGUUUUUAUGUCUUUCUUGAGGUCAAGCUGAGCUUCCUUCUUUCUUCCCUGAUCUCAAAUCUGAAGCAUCUUGUUGACGACAACGAUGUCAUCUCUCAAGCCGAGUGGAUGCUGUUGAAGCUCAAGCUCUCUACACCAAAUGUUCGGUACAUAAUAUCUGAGGGUCAAGAGCCGCGCAGAUUAAGUGCCGAGAGUGUCCUUUCUCAGGAUGGUUGUGAUGGGCUUGUGGGUUAUCUCUUCACGCGAGGUGCAUGCCAGUCGGAGGAUUUCAAGGGGAGAAACAAUUGCCCCUCAGUGUCUGAGGUUGCAUGGGAGAUGACAAGAAGACUGACUUUGGAAGAUACCAGCAUUGAAUCGAUGGUUCUUUCCCUGGCCAACGAUGGCCUUGGGUUUUCCACCUUUCCUCAAGCCGGUAUCCUACCACCAGAUGCGUGGCUGGACAGGAUGGAGGAAAAUUCUGGCUACCUGUUUCCACAAACACUGAAGGAAAUCAGGAAGGCCAAGCACUUACUAAAGUCCGCCCACAACUAG